AUGGACAGCAUCAUCGAGAAGAAGUUAGAAAGCCCGGAAAUAAAGUCUCAGGAGGAGAUGAAACAGUUUGUAAGCGAGAUGCAGUCUAAGAUUACGCUGUUUGAGAAGAAUAUGUAUGACAUGGACGGGGUGAAUCCAGAAACUUUGAAGAAAAUUAAAGCUUGGCGCUCUCGUUUAUUAGAGAUUGUACGAAGCAACAGGGAGUUGCCGGCAAAAGAAGACCCUGAGGAACGGGAAGGGCUGGAGACACUCAAACUACUCAAUAGGCAACUAGAGUAUGCAGAUCUAAACCAGAAAAUCUUAGAUAAAAGUACCCUUAAACUGGCCAGCUUGGAUUUUUCAACGGACGAGCUGGAUAAGGUCAUAGCUGAAACCAGAAAGAGGCUUGAAAGUAACCUAAAAAAGGAGGAAGGAGAGUACAGAAGACUAAUAUUGGCAUUUACUGUUUUUAUAUGCGUAUGCAUUGCUAUAUUGAUCGACAAGAUUAGAUUGAAGUUGUGA